AAUAACGCAAAGUAUGAGAAAAAUUGCACAGUACAAACAGUCUUUUCUUUUUGUUUAUUUGGUCGUUAAUUCGUAAUUUAAUUUCUGAUUUAGUUCCCAAUACGAUAGGCACAUUUACAUUUGUAGGGUCCUUAGCGUAUUUGCAAGAUACAAUACAUUUGUAAAUUUAAAUAAUUGUAGGUAAAAUGUCGUCUAAAAAUUAUAAACUUCGAAGAGCCGUAGAUGAAUAUUGAGAAAAACCGAGGGCUAACAAUAAGAUUAUGAGAGACUGUGAGGGAAAAGAGAGAAGCAGCUUCUAGCUGCCCGGCGCCGAAUUCUCGCAGACCGCGGCGGGCCUAGACAGAUCUCGUUAACGUCGACGAAGGCGCGCGUCGCGGCGUCCGACUCGCCAUCCCUGAAUCCUCCUCUUCAUCACCUUCGCGCCGCACAUCGCUCCGAGACCGGCAAUUGCACGCAGCUCGGUCUCUCGCGCUACGAUCGAUGAACGCGCGAUAUCAGCGUACGACAAGUUUUACUGGUUCGCGGUGUAACGCCUCGGGCGAUAUGCUUUUUACAGUACGCGCGACGCGUUUUGUAGAGAGGUGGUAGUCGGGAGAUCUCUUUCCCGUGCUCACGGUUGAUCUCUUCCCCUCCUCGCAUUCGCCUUGCUGGCCCCGUCGUCCUUUCUCUCCGCUCUGUCGCACCUGCGGAGAACGUCGAUGCCGAGGCGCGAGAUCGACGAAGAGGGAGAAUGGAACGGGAACGCGGCGCGGAACGGGAACCGAACGCGUACCGCGAGUAGAAGGAGGAGCUGAAGGGGAGAACCCGGUGGUGGAGGUGGAGGAAGAAGAAGAGAAGGAGGCGGCGGGUAAGCGGGAAGAGGAGGAGAACGGAACACGAGAGAUCGGCAGCACAGUUUCGUGUUCAACUUAGCUCGGUUCGGCUCUCAGCUUCGUGGUAUCGGAAGCCUCCAAGUACUCGAAAAGGUCGAGGUUCUUGUACGCACUCCCGCGAACGGUUCCGCGCAUUUUGCCUCACCGAUUGGAGAAUCCGGCGAUCGCGAUUUCUCUCUUCCUUUCUCCGUCCUCUCGCGAGAGACGCGAGAUUCUUAGUCGCUCGAGUAGCGACUAGAAUACCUGUUGCUCUGUGUGCUCACGCGAGGAAACCGGCGGCCUGUUGGUGCGCAGUUCGCGAGCGAAACAGCGACAACGAAGGUGACGUGUACACCGAGGAAUCAUGGGGACGAUAUGGCGGCUGUUUACGAUGACGUUCUUGUUAAUGAUGCAUUCUGCUCUACUCAGUGCUCAUCGUGAACACAAGGUUCACAACAUCGUGCUGUAUCCUGAUAAGCAUAGCUGGUGCAAGACGACACCUAUAAAGCAAGUAGUGACAUGGCCUCAGUGUUCUUCGCAGGAAUUGGACAACAACGUAUGCGUUGGCGCUUGUUUCUCAUACAUGGUUCCUCACAGUGAACCCUCCGCACCUGGUGAUCUCAUAAGACCUUAUUGCGAUUCUUGUCAACCUCUGGAUAGCGUUUGGCAUACUGUUACACUAGAUUGCAAAGACGAACAGAAUAAUCCGGUGACCAUGCAAAAGAAGGUGCAAAUCAUCACAAACUGUUCCUGCAGUUCCUGCAUGGAGACCUCGAAGAUCAAGCCGGACUACAACACCUUGCUGCAGUCCCUGACGGAGGAGAACUUGGACAAGAAUGUGAACGUGGCGCACGAAACGCCCGAUUUAUUGCUGGACCCGAACUUAAACGCCUCGAAGAAUACGACGAGAGACGGAACGCAAACCAACGAACGAACCGUUGGAGGAACCCUUCAACUCGUCAAGAAAUUGAAAGACUCGCAGAAACUGGACGAAUCACAUAUGAAGGAAUUGUUCUCUAAAUACGAGGAGGAAGUCGAUUUGGAAAAAUUAAAGGAAAUGUUUAAGAAGUACAACCAAGAGGACGAGGAAGGCCAGCAUGAGCAUCAUCAUCAGCACCAGCACGAGCAUCAGCAUCAACACCAACAGCAACAGCAGCAACACCUUCAUCACGGACCGCAUCACUCCCUUGUAUUGGACUCGGACGUGAAGGAAAAGAUUGACGUGGAACCGCAUUACUUGCAUCCCGCUGUCGCUGGACAAGAGAUCAGUUACCACGACAACAUUCUGGUGGGUAAGGAGAAGAAGAAGGACUUCUAGGCCCAUCGAAGCGGAAUUCGUCGUUGCACGAGUGUCGCCUUCGUUCGCCACGCUCGUAAAAAUUCGCGGUAGUCGGUUGAAAUUCAUAGUGUAUAGAUAUUUUGAUAAGCGAACGAUUGGGAUACCUAGUCUGCUAUCUGAUUUUAAUUCCACGUAUUUAUUUACGUAACGAUAAUUGGAUCGUGAGAUAUUAAUUGUUGAUAUAUUUAUUGAUAAUUAUUUUUACAAAAUUACGUAAUAAUGGUUUUGUACAUUUUUAUAAUUGUUUGAGCAAAAAGGAGACAAAAAUCUCCUUUAUAUUUCAUAUUUUAUAGCUUAUAGUAAAAAAAAACUUUUAAAAAUGGCAUACGAAUUAAAAAUAAAUGUAAACCCAAUAUUUCGAAAUUAAUUCUAUCGCUAUUGAAGAUGAAAAAAGAAUCACAAGAGCGUGUGUGAGAAAGUGGAAAGAUUGGGAUGGGAGAAAAUUCUAAUAUAUAUUUAAUUGUUAUUAUGUUAAUUAAUUAUUUAAAUAGCUGCAUAACAAUCGGGACGUUUACUCGACUUUAAGCAUACGGAGUGACGCUUUAGUGAGAUAUAAAUCCCGAUCGAUAAAAGUAUAUAACUGAUAAUCUCGAGUCUGAAUAUCAGUCUCGACAUGACAUCGACCUCUACGACAUAAUACACAUUGUAUUAUUCUCUUUAGAGAAUAAAGACCACCAUGGUCAACAUUUACGUCUUCUCAAUGAGA